GGCAUCACUGCGUAGCUGUGUGGCUAAAGCCGGUGGUGGUGGCCCAUCUUGCUUAAAUUGCAUUUUUCUUGCUAAUGUACCGGUAGAAACCUUAAUGAUAACAGCCUAAAUUGCUCAUAAAUUUUCAAUCAUGAGUCAACGUGACGAAAUCGUUAAAGUUAUUGGAGCAGUAAUGUUACCGCAAUUGGGUGGAUGGGUUAACGGGUACCUGACUCGUCAAGAAAUCAAAGGUUGGUAUCAGAAACUAAAUUUUCCGUCAUGUCGUCCACCAAAUUGGAUUUUUGGUCCGGUGUGGACUUCUUUGUAUGCCGGAAUGGGUUUUGCGUCGUAUCUUGUGUGGAGAGACGGUAAUGGCUUUGAUGGUGUCGCACGAGGACCAUUGAUAUUGUAUGGGGUACAGUUGGCAUUGAACUGGGGAUGGACACCAAUUUUUUUCAAACUACAUAACUUAAAAUGGAGUUUGGUAGAGCUAGGUGCACUAAGCUCUGCAGUUGCGAUAACAGGAUUUGCAUUUUUCAAUGUGAACAAAGUUGCUGGUUAUUUAUUCAUUCCGUAUUUCGCAUGGUGUUCAUUUGCGACAUGGUUGAAUUACAAAUUUUUUGAAUUAAAUCCAGAAUCCACUGCCACCAUCGAGGAGAUAAAGGAGAACAAGAAAAAAUGAUUUUAUCAUUAGAACGUGUAAAUUUUAUCAGAUACAAAACACAUUUUUAUGAUAACGUGCUAUGAUCUGUCAACAUUCACCUCGAAGAGGAAUUGUAGUGUGACUCAUAGAGUAUUAAUUUGAUCACGUGACGAAAACAUGAACAUUUCAAUUUUCUCUUACGACAAACCAACGGGUUACGAAUACUUCGGAAUUUUCACUAAAAGUGGAUGUUGACAGAAUGUCUGUAGUAUGUUAUAUAAAAACCACUAAAUAUAUCCAUAUAGAUUUAUUAGGUUUAACGAUAUUCUAAUAGGGUAAAGGCCAAUAGGGAUCCAUUAUUAACGUGAAAAACGAAAUAAAAUUAAUUCGAGGUGA